AUGGGUGGCCGCCGAAAAGCCCUCCUCAUCGGCAUCAACUACCUGGGCUCGCAGCACCAGCUGCAGGGGUGCAUCGACGACGUCGCCAACGUGGCCGAGUUCCUCGCCUCGCGCGGCUUCUCCUCCCACCCGGCCGACAUGGUGGUGCUCACCGACGACGCGCGCAGAAACGACCCCCGCGGCCCAUACUUCCCCACCGCGCACAACAUCCUCGCCGCCAUGCGCUGGCUCGUCAGCGAGCCCGGCUGCAUGUGCUUCCUGCACUACUCGGGCCAUGGCGGGCAGGUCCCCGACGAGGAUCAGGGGAGGAGUGGCUUCGCGGAUACCAUCGUCCCCGUCGACUUUGAGAGGACCGGCCAGAUCCAGAGCUCCAUGCUGCAUCGUGUCCUGGUGAGCGCGUUGCAUCCCAGCAGUACGCUGUUUAUCUUGUUCGAUUGCUGCCAUAGUGGUUCCGCCGUCGAGUUGCCCUUUGUCUACCGGACCGAUGGUGACGGCAAUGUCAACCUGAUGGACAAUCUGAAAGUUGGUGCUGAGCUGAUUGGCGAGGCAUCCCACCUCAUCCGCGGGGACUUUGCGUUCGACAGCGCGGGCGAGGCGCGCCACCUCCUCGCCGGCGCGACGUCCUUCUUCCGCGGCCUCAAGCACCAGUACGACGGCGACUACGACGAAGGGCUGCACGCCGUGGGCGAGUUUGAGGAGGACUGGGGGCCCGAGAAUAAGUCGGUCUUUAUGUUUUCCGGGUGCAAGGACGAGCAGACGUCCGCGGACGCGUUUAUCAACGGGCGGCAUGUCGGUAUGUUCACCUUUUCCAGAUUUACCCGGGAAAUCGAAGUGCAGACGGAGUCGACCUCUGACACUGGAGAUGCUUUAUUCUGA